AUGACCGGUCACAGCGUCAGUGAUGACCGCCGAUUCGGUAUCUAUCUUCCUAGUGCGACUGCGAGCGAGAACAACCUCGCACUGCAUCGACUGGCGGCAUCUACGCUUCACGUCUUAGAGGGGCGGGCCGCAAGUCUUCCACCUACAUCUCCAAUGACAGUAGCGGCUUUGGAGCAACGUACACGUCGACCGCGAAGAUCCACACGUCGAUACAAACAUCCCACCAACCACGAUCCACCUCCAGAGUACGUCGCAUUCGAUCCUUAUCCCUUUUUUGAUGCCAAACCAAAACCCCGCCGUCGAUCAACGAUAGAAAUCAUCGAAACCUGCUGCAGGGACGGAUUCAAGGCUACGACAGGCAAGGUCGGCAAGAGUGUGGUCAAACACAUCGAAGACGCUAGUAAGAUAGCCAAGGAUGUACCUACUGCCUUCAAGGAAGCUCAGGUGAAAUUGAGUUUGAAGAGGGCCAAGGAUAAAAUACGAUGGUUGGAGAAGCACCACUACCUGAGUGGGCAGGAGAGGUUGCUGACGCAGGAGCUCGUUGGCUGA